UACUUUAUUUUGCUUGGACAGGUUCUUUUAUUCCUAUUUUGCUGCAUUCCGCUAACAUAUUUACGAUCUUGCAUUAGCACGCAUUCAGGAGAGAUAAAGACGCCAUUCAUACGCCCAUCGCGUUGGCUUUAUUGGCAGUUCCAGCUUGCGAUCUUAUCUCCAAGGUGGUUUUUCCUUCGUUUCAAUUUGGCCGUCUAACUUUUGUCUCCAUAAGUGUCUAGAAAGAAAUCCCGCCCUACGUCUUUCUAUCCAAGAGAUCAAAAUGCAUGACUAUUUUGGCGACGUUGACUGGUGUAGGGUUCAAGAUAAACAGAUUAGAGUUCCUUCUGUCCCUCCGACUACCAAAACGGCCCAGCCUACUCUCUCGGAGACGCGUUUGUCCACUAACACCUCUGUUCACCAUCAGGAUUCUCUUUCGCCUUGUUCUUCUUCUCAGCCAAGUUCAACAAUAUCUGGAUUCUGCCUUGACGCUAGGAAUAAUGUACAGAAUCUACUUCCGCCUAUAUUUCGUAUCUCUCCUUCGAUGGACAAGCUUUUAGACACCGCCGCUAUGUCAUACCAAGACCAAAGUUCUUAUGCUUCGCCUUCCAACACGCCUUUGUCAGAUUCAAGUCCUCAAGAACGCAUGGCUCUCUUUUGGCAGUCUCUAGACGAAGAGUCAAACUCUGGGUCGCGGAAGCUUUGCUGCCAACGGUCCUUCCCGAUCAUUAGCUCGCAGCGGUUUUCUCUCCUUCCUCCACUUAUGUCAGUGCGGAACAAGCUCCGCAAGAAACUCUCCCGGAUGUCAAUCCGAAAGACUUACCAAGAACCGCUGGAUCUUCCUUCCGGUAUGGAGCAAAUCGGUGAAGGGAUCAGAUUUACGUAUACGCUGCCGGCCGCUGGUCUGUCGGAGGCAUCGAUAUGCUCCACUGCGCCGAAGAGCUGUCAUGCAGGGCUCGGGCUGGGGAUUGGUGGGCUGCUGCGUGGGACGGGAACGAGAACGAGAGUGCAAGAUGAGAUGGGACGCGGCUCUGGAACUUCGGAUGUCCCGCUGAUGUCGUGGCAAGAUUCUUCGCCGGUGUCUGAUUCUGAUGCUGGUUUGUUCACUCCGCCGGAGCUGUUUAAGGAGGUUGGGAUGGAGAUAAAGAAUAUGUCGUCUUUCCAGACUUUGCGGUUGGUUUCUCCUUCGACUAGUUUUGUUUCUCUGGGUUCGUAUCCGUUUUGUCCUGAUGUGGAUGUGUGAUGUUUUGUUUUGUUGUUCAAUGAUGAAAUGUUCAAGCGAAAUGUUAUGUGCGAUGUGCUGAGGCUACUAUAUCCGCGCACAGCU